AGAGACACCUUCACAAUGGCAUUUGUGAAGAACCUGAUAGUUGUUUUGGUCUGGGUCUUCCUGAGCUACAUCAAUGGGAGUGUGGUGGCCACCUUCUUUAGAUAUCAGGUGUUUUAUGAGGACCCCCGCUACAUCCUGUUCAUCCACAUGGUGAUCAAUGAUGCCAUCCAGCUGACGAUCACCAUCAUGCUGUUUAUCCUAAGCUACAUCUUCUACAAGAUCAACGUCUCCUUCUGCUGCUUCUUCAUCCUGGUGGCUGUCUUCACGACCAGAAACACCCCCAUCAACUUAGCCAGUAUGGCCAUAGAGCGCUACAUCUCCAUCUGCAACCCCUUACGCUACGCCCAGAUCUGUACAGUGAGGCGGACAUACGUUCUUAUUGGGGUGAUCUGGUUUAUAUGUGUGGCACCAGACAUCACAGAUCUGUUUGUGACACUGGUGACCGAGUCCCUCAGCUUCUUCCAUGAGUCAGUGUUUUGCUUGCGACAGAAUGUGUUCAAAGACCCGAUCCUGGCGUACAAAAGGCAAGCCUUUGAUACCCUCUAUUUCUCCUGUGUUUUUCUGACUCUGGUCUACACCUACCUGAGGAUCCUGUUCGCAGUCAGGGCGCUUUCCACAGACAAGGUGUCAGCCCAGAGAGCCAGGAACACCAUUCUUCUCCAUGGGGCCCAGCUGGCCAUGUGCAUGCUUUCCUACAUCUCCCCCAGUGUCGAAAUCAUCCUCCAUCUCAUCUUCCCCGGUCGUGUACUUGAAAUACGAUAUGCUAACUACCUCAUUGUUUAUAUCCUGCCCCGUUUCCUCAGCCCUAUCAUCUAUGGUGUCCGAGACAAGAAAUUCAGAAAGUACCUCCAGAGGUAUUUUGUGUGCAACAGAUGCUCGGUCAAAUCACAGAAAGUGGCCAGCCAGAAUAAUGGUGACAUGUGA